GAUGCUGCCAGAGCGGCCGCACUGGUUACGGCGAGCCGCGGCCAGCCAUGAAGCCGCCCAUUUCAAUACAGGCAAGUGAGUUUGAUUCUUCAGACGAAGAGCCUGUUGAAGAUGAACAGACUCCAAUUCAAAUCUCAUGGUUACCUCUGUCACGAGUGAACUGCUCACAGUUUCUCGGUCUAUGUGCUCUUCCAGGUUGUAAAUUUAAAGAUGUUAGAAGAAACAUUCACAAGGAUACAGAGGAACUAAAGAGCUACGGGAUCCAAGAUGUAUUUGUUUUCUGCACCAGAGGGGAGUUGUCAAAAUAUAGAGUCCCGAACCUUCUGGACCUCUACCAACAGUCUGGAAUUGUCACCCAUCACCACCCAAUUCCAGAUGGAGGGACUCCCGACAUAGGCAGCUGCUGGGGAAUCAUGGAGGAGCUGGCCACCUGCCUUAAAAACCACCGGAAAACCCUGAUACACUGCUAUGGAGGACUUGGAAGAUCCUGUCUUGUAGCUGCUUGUCUCCUCCUAUACUUGUCUGACUCAGUAUCACCACAGCAAGCCAUAGACAGCCUUCGAGAUGUCAGGGGAUCUGGGGCCAUACAGACCAUCAAGCAAUAUAAUUAUCUUCAUGAGUUCCGGGAUAAAUUAGCUACAUAUCUAUCAUCAAGAGAUUCACUAUCAAGAUCUGUGUCCAGAUAAUGAAGAUUUCAAAUACAUGCCUACAUGCGAAGUUCCCAAGUUCUUUAGCAUAAUUUGUAUUGAAGCAAAACCACUAGUGCUACCAUCCUGAAUAUAAAUGUUAUGUGUGGAUCCUCCAAAAGC